AUGGAAAGACAAACUGGUCAGAGCUUCCCGCAGGAGAUAUGGUGGCUCGUUUCUCAAGAGUUUGCGAAUCGGCGCGACUUUGGCGGUCUUUUCCUCUGUGCCCGCUUGGGCAAAGGCAUCGCCAGACUGGCGUUACCGGAGCUAUACGCGAUCCACGACCAAUCACCCGCCAUAAACGCCCACAUCCUGGACAUUGAGACAUCGAUAUGUCUCUGGCGUUCCAUCAUCGCGUCGAGCCUCGGCAGGACGCUCUUCCCAUACUGCUGCUGGAUCAAGGCCCUGAAGCUCGGCAACCUUCACUCGCAGCUAGAGGAUCUUGCCCGUGACAACCCGGGGCUCAAGGCUAGUUUCUUCAGCCCGCCCCUUGAGAAGCUCCAAAUUCGUCGUGGCCGUGGGAGGGCGCUCGAUCUCGAGGCUAUCAUCAUCGAGGUCGCCAACCUGGUGACCGAGUGUAUCCGAACGUCAGCCGCUCAGGAAAGCAAGCGGGUAGCCCUCACCGCACUCGAGGGCAACUACUUGCCCACCGCCAACCUACCCAAAUGGGUAUCGAGCCUAUCCAGCUUGACGUCGCUUUCCGUCCGCGACGGCUCCGUGCUCAACAGCGACGUGGCUCGCGCCAUCCGAGCCAAUUGUCCGGCUUUCAGGGACCUAGAGUGUUUCUUUUGCUCAGGAACGGACCUUGAUGAAGACUUGGCUGGCUUCUUCCGGAACCUUGAGCCCAACACCCUAGUAUCAUUCACCAUUCUAAGCAUGAAUGAGAUCGGCAGGCAGACCUUCAAGGCUCUGGGCGAACAUUCUAGCUCUUUGAAAUCCCUCAGUCUGUUCAGCCUCGAACGGGCUGCUUUUCAGGCGUUGAAUGAGCUGCAACACUGCCUCUCCCUCGAAUCGCUCAGACUAGAGGGCGCACCCAGCGCCCGGCGUUAUUUGUGGGAGAUUGAAUGCAAACCAGCUUUUCAAGAAGUGGUGCAGUGGCUACAGCAAUGCACUGCCCUUCGCGAGCUGGAGUUCACAGUCGUCCCCACCUCAACCACAAUACUCGCCGAGGUCCUGAAGUCACCGGUUAUUCGUUUGACGAGCCUCAGUCUUUUGACGUUUGACCUCGAUAAGGAAUUCUGUUUGUCUUUGCUCAAACAGCAAGACCUCCGACAUCUGGCAGUCAAGAUCAGGGACGAAGACCUGCUCGAGUCCGACGACGAACGGCAUACCAUGCUGGCCAAUGCCGUUGCCUGCUGCCACGAGCUACGCGAGCUAGACACUAACGAACUCUUCAGCCUUGAAGAGAUUGAACAUAUAUGCGAGUCGCUGCCUCAGUUGGAGGAGAUCGUCCUGAACGGAGACCUCAUCGAUAACGAGUUUCUGACACCUCUAUCACGCCUUUCGAAACUAAAGUCGCUCAACAUAUUUGGGCCCUCAUUCACCGACGAGGAAGAAGCGAAGGUGACCACUGCGUUGUGGGACCUGUUCAGGGGCCGAUUCGACAUCAACUAUCGGUUGGACCCAGACGAGCUGCACGAGUCUGACUUUUCAGACUAA